ACUAGCGUGGACAACACCGCUGUUCAUCCAAUGAAAAUUCUUGGGCACAGUCACAGUCACGGUACGAUGAAGAGAUUCAUCCAGACUGCUCGUCUGUUCUUAGUUUCCAUCAUUCUUUUUCUGUUACCUACUAUUGGCGCACAAGAGUUCAGGUCAUCAUUAGUUAUUGCAUCUACGAACUACCGUCUGGACGGCCACAUCAUAAGACGGCAGAAGACCCGCRGAACAAUCCAGUGUGUGCAUCGCUGUUUAAGUAUAACCAUAUGUGGAGGAUAUAAUUAUAGAAAAAUUAUAUCGGGCGAAGGAUUGUGUGAGUUGGUUGGCAGCCUAGAAACCACAGAAGAUAGCUUUAAGUUGGUUCAGAGUCAAGGAUGGGUAUCAGGAAAGAUGAAAAGUGAAGAGACAGAAUUUACUUUCACGAAUUUAGGAGCAACUGGCGGCGAUGGACCAACUAACACUAACGGAUAUACUGGUACAUCACUUGAAGGAAAAGUACAACUAAAUCAAGGGAUUCAGAUUUGGCUAGUUCCAGAAACAGGAAGUUACGUCAUUGACGCCCUGGGCGCUUCCGGUGGAAAUGGGACCAAUACGACCAUGCCAAGAGUUUGGAGAAAAGGUGGACUUGGUGCAAGAAUCAGGGGAACUUUCUUUUUAAAUCGAGGACAGCCGUUAAAAAUCCUUGUYGGACAAGAAGGAGAAACGCUGUUGCAAUUUGCUAAAAAUCCAGGGAGUGGAGGUGGGGGUACUUUUGUAACCUUUCCUAACAACACUCCAUUAGUAGUAGCAGGGGGAGGGGGUGGUGGCGCCGCCCCUGAUUCUGGAUGGCUAGAUGGAGAUGAUGGUCAAGCCAGCGAAAAUGGCACAUCGUCUGGUGGUUUUAAUGGAAGUGGUGGAAGACGUGUUGCUCUAGAUGGAGUAAUGAUGUAUAGUUCAGCUGGUGGUGGACUGAUAGGUGACGGAGCAGGAGACUUUCUAGUCACUGGGGGUAAAAGUUUUAUUAAUGGAGGAGCCGGCGCUACUAACGGGGCAGCAGGAGCAGCUCAAGGGAGCCGUGGAGGCUUCGGCUGUGGUGGUGGCUGUAAUUCUGACCCAGGGGGUGGGGGUGGGUACUCAGGUGGUGGUGUGACUAAAAAAGGAGGCUUCCUUCAAGCAGGUGGAGGAGGAUCAUUUAAUGGUGGUACGACGAAAGUAAACCAGGCAGGAGUUAACAAAGGACAUGGAAGACUAACCAUCACUAUUCUGCAUUAAACCACAUAGUUGUCGAGUUCAUUUGAAUGAAGAGACUGAUCAUGAAUGUUAGGGUAAUUAGAUAAGCUCUGUGCUUGUGGUAUUAGUAUUAGGAUAGGCGAUAGAGCCGGGUGUGUACUAGCACCGACUUUACGGUGGUAAAGAUUAUUAGCACCUUUACUGCAAUUUUCAUAAAAUGCGAACUCUGUGUGUCCGAGUUGCACACUAAAAUUGGGUUUUUCGCUGCCGUCAGUCAAAAAUAUUAAAGGUACCGACUGAUUUGGUUUGAUUGACAGACAAUUUUCAGCGUUCACAGAGCUAGCAGACAAAGUUCAAAUGUUUAUAAAAAUUGCCGAUUGACUAGAGAUACAUGGACAACGUAGAUAAGAAAAACAGAAAAAAAGUUCAUUGAAUUAAAUGACCUAUUAGAGGUCUAUUUUGUGUCUUUUAAAUGAACAUUGAUGUAAAUACACUGUUUACUAAAGGAAAGAAGAAAAUUGUCAGGUGAAACAAACGUUAUCGUCGUGUCACCCUCACUGGUGAGGUUCCACCGAAAAUUAUUAAUGAAUGAGAUAAUACUUCAAUACUAAAUUUAUCCAAAUAUGAUCUAAAUACGAAAAUYAUCAAUUAUCGAAGGUAAUACUGUACUAAUAUUUAUCAUAUAGA